UCAACCACUUAGCGGGAGUUGCUUCCAAACGACCAAGAGUUGCAGAGCUACUAGAAGAGAGCAAACGCUUAAAAAUCAGAGCAGUCAUGUCUGAUCGUAAAGCAGUGAUCAAAAAUGCGGACAUGUCCGAGGAGAUGCAGCAGGAUGCUGUCGAGUGUGCCACUCAGGCUCUGGAGAAAUACAACAUUGAGAAGGACAUUGCCGCUUACAUCAAGAAGGAGUUUGACAAAAAGUACAACCCAACUUGGCACUGCAUCGUUGGCAGGAACUUUGGCAGCUAUGUGACCCACGAAACCAAACAUUUCAUCUAUUUCUACUUGGGCCAAGUGGCUAUUCUGCUUUUCAAGUCUGGCUGAAGCACACAGCAUGGUCUCAGCAUUAAUAACUGACCAUUAAAAAUACAGACUGACUACAGAAAUGAAAGGCUAAUCAUUCCUGCUCUGGGACCUGCCUUCUCUCAGCUGCUUUUUAAUUUUUUUUCUUUCCUUUUGUUCCUCUUUUUUUGUUUGUUUGUUUUUGAAAUGACUUUGUAAGGGUUCGAAGAGACGUCUAAAAGAAACACGUUAUUUAUUUUCGUUUUCUA